UCAACUCUCCACGCCGACAGCCACCGCCGCCAGCCGCGUCGUGGAACGGCGGCGCAAGGUGGUCCGUGGUCCUUUACAUGGCGGUUGCCUUCCUGGAUCCGCUGCUGCUGCUGCCACUACUGUGGGGGGCGCGCCAUCUAUGCGUGCUCGUGCGGCCAGAGCCAGCGAUGCGGAGAGGGAGGAGGCCGCUGCCUGCUUCGUCGCGGCGACCGCCGGUGAACUCGGUCGAGAGUUGCAGACCGCAAUUGUAUAGUGGAGUCAGUCCCAGAUCCCAUCAUCCCAGCCGGUCAAGAGUCAAGAUAAGCAGCCGGAACUUAUGAUUGUUGCAACGAGGAAUUCUUUUAGAAAAGGUGUCAUAUUGGACCACACAUUCAACAAGGACAGCCUAACUUGUACUCCCAGGUGCACCCGCGUGGCUCCAAUUUACUUCCUACUAAUUCAACUCAGAAGGUUUGGUUUUACGUUCUUCGACAGUGGGCUCUGGAGGGAAUCUCGCAGAUUGCUCAAGAUGGGAGAGAUAAUUAGUUCUGCAGUUGUUCAUGAGACAGUGAACAAAAUCAUAUCAGGCAUGAUUGAGAAGUAUGAGCGAAAAUCAAGCGCAGAGGAACAGAUGGAGAGGCUGGAGAUGGCGCAAAUCAAGUUGGAGAUUGCACUUGAGACGUCCAGUAAGUGGCAGAUCACUAGUCGGCCAUUGCAACGUUGGCAGAAGAAGCUAAAGCGUGCUGCUGAAGAGUGUGACGACACGCUACGCAAGUGCAGGCAGCGUGUCCAGGAAGAAGAGGAGGAACAGCAAGUAAGAACUUCCUCCUUUCCUAGGCGAAUUGCCGAUGCCACCAAAUCGCUGAUAUCAUCCAUCUUUCCUGGCAAUUUCGAUGAGCAAACUAAAUCUGCUGUUCGAAGAUUCGAGUGGUUUGCAGAUGGAGCUAGUGACUUUAUGAGAUCUGUGGAGUUUGGAGGGACACCACGUCGUUACUUGUUCUUCGAUCCUCUUAUUGGGCACCUUCUUGCAGGUGAAACACUAGAGUACAAAUUGGUGCAGGGAAACAAGAAGCAUUUCUUUUGGAUACGGCCCAAUAACAUUGCGGAGCGAAGAGUAGAAGCUAAGUUAAUCUUUAUUUGCAAUGAUGGCAGUGCACCCGAGAAUAACUUUUUUCUUGGUAUGAUGCUACAACUUUCAGAGAGUACAAACAUAGUUGGCACUAUAAUUAAGUGCUUGCAAUUGUUUACCCCUUAUUUCCAGUCUACAACUGAAACUGUUAGGAAAGAUCUUACUCAGCUACCUACACAAGACUUCUCCUGGAUGCCACGUUCUUGUUCAUUUCGUUGGGACAACAUUCAUAGUGUAGCUACUGAGUGGUUCCGCCCAAACCCACUGUGUUGCAGGCAUCAUGAUCAGAAGGUAUGUAGUAGUGGCUACAUGGAUAAGUUAGAAUUUCCAGAUGUUAAUCUAGAACCAGUAAUUGAAGUGUAUUUGGAGAGCCAAGUUUACCAAUAUGGAUGCAACAAUCAGAGGGGGGAUGUGCCCGGGAAAAUAUGUUCUCUGAGAAGACCAUCACAGCUGAAACUUGGAGUAUUCCUUUUGCCUCAUGUUUCUUCAACCGACCUUCUGCCUGCAACUGAGAAUUUUGUAAUAGAGAUGAUUGAUGGUGAGGAGCAGCAGCUUUCCUGUCACACAAACAUUGCACUGAACCAGCUUAAUGAGAUCAUGCUUCCAAAAGCAAUAGAUAGCAUCAAUCAGAAUGGAGAAGUGGCAGCACAUCAGUUGUUGUGGAAAUCAAAGCAUGAAGCUGCAUUCUUUAAUGUAUGGAACACAAGAAUGAAUACGUCAAGCAUAUUGAGUACUGCUGGGAAAGAAACGUUGCUGCAACAACAUGACCUUCAGUUGGAGAGCCGAGCAGAUGUGAUCUCUGAGUUUCUCACGCUGUGGGUUGAGCGUACUCCUGUCAUGAUGCAGUUCUCUGCUGUGGAUUGGAUUCAAGCCCUACUUGGGGGACCUGGAGAUUCUAAAAAAAUGCUGAUGAGUGUGUAGCUAAUAUGAAUCAGGAGGGGUUGGUGAAACCUAGCUUUGGGCUGCUAGUUCAAAACUGCAAAUCUAGAUUCCACUGCUGCUGAAUUUCUUAACAUAGAGGAAUGAUAUGGGCUGUUUUGGCGAGUUGGAUAUUCUUUACUGUUGCUAGACGCUCCUUCAAAUAAAUUGUUAGAAUCAAAAGGAAACAGAUGACACCAAGAUCGAUCUAGAAUUCCAGAUUAUGUAACACAGAUUGAUGAGGGUAACAAGGACAAAUACAAGGAAUUGAUAAGUAGUAUCCUGGGUGACAGUAUUAUACCGUGUUAACUUCUACUUCCUCCAUCCAAAAAUGUGAACAUUUUUAGGAUUUAAAUCUUGUAUUCCUGUUACUAUUCACAGCAUGGUACUCCCUCCAUUUCAUUGGCCAGGGUAACAACCAGUAACAGGGGAAAUGCAAGGAGUGGGUAGGAAAUAUUCUAGGCGAUAAAUGUGUAUUGAACAGUGUUAACCUGGUAUGCAAAUAGGAGUUCAACAUGGUGUUGCAGCAUUACCCAGGAAAUCCAGAUCAAUUGAUGUGUAAUCAAUCUUUUUAGCUGAGACUUGCAUGUAUAUGCUUUAAUCAAGAUUGAAUUUUAUCUGGAUUUUCAAUGUUUCACCCUGUUGGCUUUUGUGUCCAGAUUUCCGUGCAACUUCUCUUUUUUUUUUUAUGCUAUUUAUCUUGUGAG